GAGCCUCAGAUGAAAAUACAAUUUUAAAAAGCACUGGUCAAUUAUUAGCUAAGCAGCUUGAGCAUUAGCACUCUUUCCAAAGUAACCUUUGACUGAUGGACCUGUCCCCUUUGACACUCAAGCCCGAAGACACCUCCUGUACCAACCAAUCCUGAGCUCUGGGGACCAAGUUGCUUCUGUGGUUUGCUUACAGAAUGAGCACUGUGCAAACUCACACAUCUUCCUCAAAAGCCUCCUAGUAGCUGGUGGACCAUGGAGCUUCUUGUGAAUGUCAGACAAUGGAUAGAAGAAAACAAGGCAGCCUUUUUACCACCUGUGUGCAACAAGCUUAUGCAUCGACAUCAAUUGAACGUGAUGUUUGUUGGAGGCCCUAAUGAAAGGAAGGAUUAUCAUAUUGAAGAAGGAGAGGAGCUUUUUUACCAAGUGAAAGGAGACAUGUGUUUGAAGAUAAUUGAAAAUAAGAAGCAUAAAGACAUAGUCAUUCGAGAAGGGGAGAUGUUUCUCCUACCUGCCAGGGUACCUCAUUCUCCUCAAAGAUAUGCGGACACUGUAGGUCUUGUAAUUGAGAGGCAAAGACAAAAGACAGAAAUGGAUGGGCUCAGGUACUAUGUGGGAACAUCAACUAACGUCCUCUUUGAAAAAUGGUUUCACUGUGAAAAUCUUGGCACUCAGCUUGCACCACUAAUUCAAGAAUUUUUCAAUUCCAGGCAAUAUAAGACCGGAAAACCAAAUCCAGAAGAGCUCCUGAAAGAAACACCUUUCCCCCUAAAUUGCACUUCUGUAAUGAAGCCAUUCUCCUUCCAAGACUGGUUGAAUGAUCAUCGGGGAGAAAUACAUCAGAAGCAAUCCUUGAGUGUGUUCGGAGAUGCCUUUGAGACAGAGGUUAUAGUUUAUGGACCAGGAACAACUGAAAAAAGCAAAAAGAGUUCAGAUAUCUGGAUAUGGCAGCUGGAGGGUGCAUCUACUGUUACCAUGGAUGGAAAAACCCUGACUCUAGCUGCUGGUGAUAGCCUGCUUGUCCAUGCCCAGUGUUUGUACUGCUGGAAGAGAUCUGAGGAAUGCAUUGCUCUUUACAUUGCUCAGGAUCCAAAACGCAAGCAGCCUUAUAACUAGUUUCUAUAGCACUUGACUUUGAUGAUAAAGAAGUUUUAUCCUACUUGUCUCAUCUUAAUAAUCUUUUAAUCAGAAUCCCUGGAAAUAUGAGCAAUCUAACAUAAUGGUUACAUUGGAAUUAAGUGUAAUCAAGUGCUGUGCUUUAUAAUUACUUCUUUUUCCCCAAGUAAGUAAAAAUUCAGCAAAAUCUUCAACCAGUUAUUAUGUUAAAAACAAACAAAGCCGUACCUUUUAUGUGAAAUCAAAGGAAAACAGAUCCAAGCGACACUAUUAGAUAUACAGUAAUAUAAAUGAUACUAUCUAGAAUAAAUUAAAAGUUUUUCAAGAGCAAGCCUUACUGUGCCUGCUUACUGAACGCUCUUUUUAUCUCCUUACCUCAGAUUUGCCAUCUGUAAUAAACUGAGUAUGUUAGCCCCCAGAGCACAGAGCUUUUAUUUGUGAUAAGUUAUAGAUCUUCUGAGAGCUGUGGAUAAAAGUACCUUUAAAAAAAAAAAAAACAAACAAAAAACAAACAAAAAAAAAACCCACAAAACUUUAUCUGCUCCACUGCUUGAGGUUCUCAGUACCUUGGGAAAAAUAGGAGAGGGUGUUAUGAAAGAGGGAAGCAACAGUACCAUUGACAUCAAGCAUUACACAGAUCAUCUCUGUACUUGCUUCAGGUAAUCUGUUAUGUGUUUACCAGAUCUGGAAAUGCAGAAUCAUUCAGAGCCAUCACUAACACACCAGACAUACCACAUGGAUCUGUCUGUGAACUACACUAUCACUGUGGCAUCUUGGCAGUUUUUCAGCUGCAGAAACGUCUGUUCAAAAUAACCAAAGGAGUGUGCUGGGGGUAAGGGAGAAGAAAGAAAAUAUUGUAACCAUUCUUUACUAAGUUCUCACUUCUGUUUGAAUAACGACAUUUCUUGUGGAAAUCAGUGUCAAAUUCUCUUCUAUUUUUAUUCCAGGAACUCUGUUGGUUUGGCUUUUUGUUGUUGUUUGUUUCCUUUAUUUUCUGUUCUUUUUUAUUAUUAUUAUUAUUGACUUUCACCUUAUUAGCAUUAGAAAACAGGUUAUUUAACAUUGAUUUUUAUCAAUUACAUUUGAAAAAGCA